AUGAACCGUCGGACAAAGAUCGCAGUAGGAGGAAUCCUUGGUCUGGGCGCAAUCGCGAGUGUGGCAGUCAUCUGUAGAAUACCCUAUCUACGUUACUACGCUGAUGAAAAUUUCCUCUAUUCCACCUACCAGAUCGCCAUUUGGUCUGAAAUCGAGAUCGGUGUCGCAAUCACAGCCGGUAGCCUUAUCACCCUUCGUCCUCUCUUCCGCUGGCUGCUAGACGAAGCCACAGAAUACAACAAAAGCUCACGCGCUGGGCAAACUUCAAAGAGAUAUGCGUUCUACAGCCGGAGUGAGGUCGUGGACGAAUCACAGACCACGAAGUAUUGGCGUCCUGACAUUGAGCUCGAUGACUACAAUAGCACCGUCGUCACGGCAGCGGGGCCACGGGCAAUGGAGCUCAGCAGGACCAGCAGCCAGGAAGCUUUGAACCCUGAGCUUGGCCCGGGACACUCGCGCAAUCAGGUUACCAUACAGAAGACCUUUGUACAAACAUUCUCAGAACGUCAGAAAUAG